CACGUAUUUUUAGUUGGAAAAUAGUUGUUGAGUAAAUGAUAUGAAGCUCAGUUUGUGAUAUCGAUGUGGCCGAAGCUAAUGACACGUAUGUCAAUUCAAAACAAGCUUCCCUGAAGAUGGGGUACCGGCAUGUAUAUUUGGUUUUCUUAUCUGUGUUUUGUGCACAUUUAGCUUUAGUUCAUAGUGAAAAUGAAACUUUAGUUCUUUUAGAUAAUCUAGCAAUUAAAGAAACGCAUUCCAUGUUCUUCAAAUCCCUCAAAGAGAGGGGUUAUUCUUUGACAUUUAAGCUAGCGGAUGAUGCUGGUCUUUUGCUAUCAAAAUAUGGUGGAUUUUUGUAUGACCAUCUUAUCAUUUUUGCACCUUCAGUGGAGGAAUUUGGUGGUGCUUUGAGUGUACAAGCAGUUGCAGAGUUUAUCGAUGGAGGAGGCAACGUUUUAGUGGCUGGGAGCAGUAUGUCUGGUGAUAUUUUAAGAGAAUUGGCUUCAGAAUGUGGAUUCGAAGUUGAUGAAGAAGGUGCUGCUGUAAUAGACCAUCAUAAUUAUGAUGUCAAGGAUCAAGGAAAGCAUACAUUAAUUGUUGCGGAUCCUAAGAACUUGAUUGAUGCUCCUGUCAUCGUUGGAUCUCGGAACAUUCCUCCAUUGCUCUAUCAAGGAACUGGGCUUAUUGCUGACUCUGAAAACCCACUUGUUCUUCAGCUGCUCACUGGUGAUAGUACUUCUUACUCAUAUAUACCUGAUCAGCCCAUAAAAGAGUACCCGCAUGCUGUAGGCAAAAACACACUGAUGCUAGCAGCACUGCAAGCAAGGAACAAUGCAAGAGUUGUCUUCUCUGGCGCUUUGUAUUUCUUCUCUGAUGAAGCUUUUACAUCACCCGUGCAAAAGAAUGGGGGCAAAAAGUUUGAAGUUUCCGGAAACAGAGAUGUAGCUACUGCAUUGAGCAAAUGGGUUUUCAAAGAGAGUGGUGUUUUGAGAGUGAAAUCAACUUCACAUCAUAAAGUUGGCGAGAAGCAGCCACCAGCAGCUUAUACCAUUAUGGAUGAUGUGGUUUUCUCUUUGGAAAUAGAGCGUAAAACUUCAACUGGCUGGGUUCCACAUGACGCAGAUGAUGUUCAGUUGGAAUUCGUUCGUAUUGAUCCAUUUGUUCGCACAACUCUGAAGCGCACGAAGCCUGGCCAUUAUGAAGCAGUUUUCAAGAUACCUGAUGUGUACGGAGUCUAUCAGUUCAAGGUAGACUACAGCAGAAUAGGCUAUACUACACUCUACAGUUCUACUCAGGUUUCUGUGAGACCUCUGGAGCAUACGCAGUACGAGAGGUUCAUCGCUAGUGCUUAUCCUUAUUACGCUAGUGCAUUCUCGAUGAUGUUUGGAGUUUUUGUCUUCUCUUUCGUCUUUUUGCAUUUCAAAGAUGAGCCAUCAAAGACAAAGCAGGAAUAAUAAAUUAAGGACUGUUUGAAAAAUAUUCCAAAAUGUAUCUAGUGGUUAGAGGACAUUUUUUCUUUUCCUCUUCAAGAACAAAGACUUUUUACAUAUGAGCUGUUAUUUGUAAAUUAUUUAUAAUAAAAAGCAAUUUAUUACUAGUGAAUAAAUUAUUUGAGUAU